AGAUAUUGUUUUUAAUGAAGAGCAUUUUCCUUUCCAUAAAAAUGAGCAUAUUGAGCAACCUAAUGAUGAUAACACAAUGCAUUUCAUUCCUGAUAUUCACCCAUCACAAACAUCAUUAUCCAUACCCACUGAAACAAUUGGUUUUCCACUUCAACAUCCAACCAAUCUGCCCCCCUCCAUCUCUUCAAGCCCACCUCAAUCCCCACAUAACAGUUCCCAGUUUUCCACUCCCAGUUCAAGUUCACAUUCACCUCAUACAUCACCUCCUGUUUCCCCUCAUAUUCACUCUCAUGACUCACCUCCUGUUUCCCUUCA